AUGGCAAUUCGAAACUUAUUUACUCGAUUCCACUCUAUGAGUGAACCGGAAUGGUGUGAGUUGAAGGUUAGGUCCAUUUGGACCUUACUACUGAUUUCUUCAUGCUUCGUGCUGUUGUUGGCGGGGCACUUUUACUUUUCCAUCUUAAUCAUCAUCCUUACUGUACGAGUCUACCUGGAAUUCCUAUGGGUAGCCCUUCCACAAAACAGAUACAAGAGAAUCGAACCUAAUUUGUACAGUGAUGCCACACCUAGUAAAAGCGAUGAAGCUUUUCAGACAGACUCAGCACUUUCAUCAUCUUCCCCUUCAAAAUGUUAUAGGUUUGCAGAAAUAAAGAAAAGUUCAUCCAACUUCCCCUCCUCUUCAACAAUUGAUACUAGUGCUGGUGGCGUUAAACCAGAAUUUGAUAUCCCGGAUGAACUGCAAAAUAUAAUGCUACCGCUGCCACUCCACAUUUACCUACUUUCUACAUCUAUUAUCGCAAUGGGCAUUCCUUGGAUUGUACCCAGAUUGGAUAUCACAGAUUCUAGGUUGUACAAGAUACUAUCAUUUAUAAUGUCAUAUUACCCACUGUUACUAUUCUCUGCUGCACUAUUGGCAUUGGUAAUGUUUGUCCUUUCGCUCAAGAAGAACAGACUUAGACGCCAAUUUUUAUCUCUAACUAUUACAAUUGCUACUCUGGUAUAUGUGGUGCCACAGUCGCUAAUGUCAAUUUCGAAUAUUUACAUGGGGAUGGUUUGGUUCGUAAUACCGGCAACAUGCGUUGUGUCUAAUGAUGUUGCCGCAUAUACAUUUGGGAAAUUGUUUGGAAGGACUUCGAUUAUUAGCGUCUCGCCCAAAAAGACGGUGGAGGGUUUUAUUGGCGGAGCCAUAGUUACCACAUUAUGGAGCAUAAUCUUACCCACUUUACUACUAAAAUACAAGGCUUUCACAUGUAAAGUUAACACGAUUUCGAUCAUCCCCUUUGAGUGGCUUUGGACUUUGGAUUGUGAAUCUGAUCCCGUAUAUAAGCCGCAGAUCUUUGAAUUACCACUACUUCUGCAACUAUUUUUUGGCGAAAAAUCUUUCACAAUACACCCAAUUGCAAUACAUUCCUUUGCUAUAGGCAUAUUUUCCUCCUUUAUUUCCCCUUUUGGGGGGUUCUUCGUUUCGGGGCUAAAGCGUGCAUUGAAGAUUAAGGAUUUCCCCGGUUGUAUCCCUGGCCAUGGCGGCAUUACAGACCGUUUUGACUGCCAGAUCAUCACUAGCUCAUUUACAUUUUUUUACAUUAAAACGAUGACCAGGAUGCCAACUCCAUCAGUGGAAUCAAUAAUUCGCAAGGCGCUGCUACUCUCUGAUGAGGAUAGACUGAGGCUCAUAAGUGAGCUACACAAGGUAUCUUUUGGUUGA